AUGCCUGCUUCGCGACACUUACCCCCAAAGGUCAAUCCUUUGAUGACCUCAGAAAUCCCAUCUUAUGAAACUUUGGUUGCUAGAAGAAGAUUGGGUCAGACGGAUCUUGCUGUAAAGACAGGUCAACUCAAUACUUCGAACUCUACGCGGCCAAAGAACUUGGGCACUUUCGACUACGCGCAUUUGCGUGCUCCGUUGCCUAAAGGAAUUCACAGUGGUAUCUUUAAGCCUUCGCCCGCCUCGUACUUUCUUAUGCGCCGUAGCAGUGAUGGCUAUAUCAGCGCGACCGGAAUGUUUAAAGCCACAUUCCCAUACGCGGAGGCCGCGGAAGAGGAAAUGGAGCGUCGUUAUAUUAAGAGCCUGCCAACAACCUCUGUAGAUGAGACCGCAGGGAACGUUUGGAUCCCACCUCACCAUGCGCUCGAGCUUGCAGAAGAAUACCAAAUCCUGCCCUGGAUCAAAGCUCUCCUUGACAACGCGCCCAUUGAAGUUAACCCAACUAAAGACCAGACAACUAAAUCAAUUGUCCCACCUCCAAAGUUUGACUUUAAAGAUCUCGCUCCAAUUCCCGCACCAAGGCUACUAUUAGAAGAGGCACCUCAAAUCGCCCCUCCCGAGACCCUUACCGCACCGACUACAAAAAGUGGCCGUCCUCGUCGAUCCGCAUCACCCAGCAAAUAUGCAUCUACAUCUCCUCGUAAGAUUGCAAGAGCACGCAAACCAAGCGCUAGGCUAGCAAGUUUGGAGCCUACCGAGACCGCCAACAAUGUACUCGAACAAGUUGAGGAAAACGGAGUUGUUGAGGCCGAGAAGCAGAAGGUAGAGACGACAGAACCCGCGGAAUCCGCAGAAUCCACAGCUUCUGAGCCUGUGAAAGAGUCAGAGAAGGAAGAAUCAAGCGAAGUCUCGGAGCCAAAGGUCACAGUCAAAGUUGACACUGAUGUUGAGGUUAACGGUGAUGUUGAGACGACCCACACUCAUGUUCAGGUGGAGAUGCCAGCUGGUUCACCAGAUCUCUCCCUCCCGGAGGAUACUGAAGCUAUGAUUGCCAAGGCGAAAGAAAUGGUGGAUGCUGCCGUCAAGCAUGACGCAGCUAUACCCAGUCGCUCGAAGCAAGUGAAGAGAAAAGCCGAAGAGUUUGAGGCAGACGUGGAUGACGAAGAAGAGCCUUCACAAGCUCCAGCUAAGAAGGUCAAGGUAGCGGCCGAUUUGAGAAAGGAGAGGGUGAAGACUCGGGCAUUGAUUGGAUUGAGUGCUACUUUGGCAAUUGGUGCAAUAAUUCCAUAUGUGUUUGGCGCUUUUUAA